UUCAAAUCAUCGUAAACGACAAAAAACACAAAAUAAAAAUAAAAAAAGUAAAAAUAAAAAAUAAAAAAAUCGGGAGAGAGAAAGUAUUCGCUGCAACGGGGAGUUGUUGUUUUGGUGUGUUCUAGAGAGAGAAAGUGUUGUUCGAACGAAGAGAGAGAGAGAGAGAAAAAAUCUCAAGCUAUGAAUUAAUCGAUUCUGAUGAUGAUGAUGAUGAUGAUGAUGAUGAUGAUGAUGAUGCUUAUUAAUGGUUGAAUGAAAAGGCAACAUUCUUUUGUUCUUUUUCUUUUCAUGAAAUAUUAAUCGGACGGUUCGGAAGCUGCGAUCUCGAAGAAUAUUAAUAAUAAUUCUCAAAAAGCGAUCCGUUGAUGCUGUUGUGGUGUUGUUGUUGAUGAUGAUGAUGAUUUUAAUCAUUUUAUUUUAGUUUCUACUUCAUUAAUUCGUUUUACCUGUUGAUUAUUAUUAAUUAAUUAAUUAAACAAAGCGAUUAACGAGAAGAUUAACAAGCAAUGACCGGUGGUGACGGAGGCGGUGGCGUUACGGCAGCUCCGCCGCUCGACUGGAAAUUCUCGCAGGUUUUCGGAGAACGAACCGCCGGUGAAGAAGUUCAGGAAGUUGAUAUUAUUUCGGCUAUUGAGUUUGAUAAAAGCGGUGACCAUCUUGCUACUGGUGAUCGUGGGGGGAGGGUGGUAUUAUUCGAGAGGACUGAUACAAAGGAGCAUGGUGGAAGUAGAAAGGAUUUAGAGAAAACCGAUUACCCAAGUAGUAGGCAUCCAGAAUUCCGUUACAAAACCGAGUUCCAGAGCCAUGAACCUGAGUUUGAUUACCUAAAGAGUUUGGAGAUCGAGGAGAAAAUUAACAAAAUUAAAUGGUGCCAAACAGCCAAUGGUGCCCUUUUUCUUCUGUCUACUAAUGACAAAACCAUCAAAUUCUGGAAGGUCCAAGAAAAAAAGAUUAAGAAAAUUGCUGACUUGAAUUUGGACCCUGUAAAAGCUGUUGGAAAUGGAAGUAUUGCAAGUUCUAGUGUUUCUUCAGUUAAUAAUUUGUUACAUACUGGAAAUGGGGAGUACACAGAUAAAUCUUACACUAGUUUGAACAAGGACUUUUCUUCUUCAGGGGCAAUUCAGUCAUUGCGCUUACCAGUGGUAGUAACUAGUAAUGAGACAAGCCUUGUUGCAAGAUGUAGAAGAGUGUAUGCUCAUGCUCAUGAUUAUCAUAUCAAUUCUAUAUCAAAUAACAGUGAUGGUGAAACAUUCAUAUCAGCCGAUGAUCUUCGGAUAAACCUAUGGAAUCUGGAAAUUAGCAAUCAAAGUUUCAACAUUGUAGAUGUCAAGCCUGCAAAUAUGGAGGACCUCACUGAGGUUAUUACAUCAGCAGAAUUUCAUCCUACUCACUGUAACACACUAGCAUAUAGUAGUUCAAAAGGAUCCAUUCGUCUUAUAGACUUACGUCAAUCUGCAUUAUGCGAUAGACAUUCUAAAUUGUUUGAAGAACAAGAGUCACCUGGUUCAAGAUCGUUUUUUACUGAGAUAAUAGCAUCUAUUUCAGAUAUUAAGUUUGCAAGGGAUGGAAGAUACUUACUAAGUCGCGAUUACAUGACCCUUAAGUUAUGGGACAUCAACAUGGACUCGGGUCCAGUCUCGACAUUUCAGGUUCAUGAACAUUUAAGACCCAGGCUAUGUGACUUAUAUGAAAAUGAUUCGAUCUUUGAUAAAUUUGAGUGCUGUUUAAGUGGUGAUGGUCAGAGGGUAGCGACUGGUUCUUACAGCAAUCUUUUUCGUGUAUUUGGAUCGAGUCCGGCCAGUACUGAAGCAACUACCCUGGAAGCUAGCAAAAACCCUAUGAGGAGACAAGUGCAGACUCCUUCAAGAUCUUUAAGCAGCAGCAUAACUCGUGUGGUCAGACGAGGGGGAGAGAGCCCAGGAAACGACAUAAAUGGGAACUCAUUUGAUUUCACUACAAAGUUACUCCAUCUAGCAUGGCAUCCUACUGAAAACUCAAUUGCUUGUGCUGCUGCAAACAGCUUGUACAUGUACUAUGCAUAAAUUACAACUCCACCCCUUGAGUUACAAAUAUCUGCCAAACAUGUCUAAAAGGUUGUAGAAGAUGUUAAAAUACACAUAAACAACAACAAGGUGUCAGAAAGGUUCUAGAAGAUGUCAGUUUCUGAUGGUGAUAAAAUUUCUUUAACCACAAAUGUUGGACCUUUUGUUUUGUUAUAUCCUCUUUCCUCCCCAGUUUGCUGCUUCAACCUACAUUGUUUCUUUUUCUUUUUUUUUUUUUUUUUUUUUUUGUGAUAAAAAGUUAGCUUUUAUAAUUGCAAAAGGGAUGUUGUUGGUUUGGUUGUUUUUGUGCUGUUGUUUUGGGUUGAAGAAAAACAGACUAGACUGGGAUUGUAGCUGAUAUGUAGUUUUAGACUUUUAGUUGGGAAAGAGUCAUGCGUCUUGCAUCGCAGGCUAUUAAAUUUUACAUAUUGUUAUUGGUA